AUGUAUGAAACAGUCAUAGCGACAACAUACAACAACAUAAAUAGAAGAGUUAACCUUGUUGAGAGCAACAGAAGCAGCCACAACCGCAACAAUAUUUAUACCAAGAAGCAGCGUCCACCAUUAAAGAAAGAUCAUAAUCAUAAUCAUGAUCUUAAUCAUAAUCAAACACAAGGUACUGCUACUACAAGUGAUGAUGAUGAUGACAAGAGCAACAGUAAGAUCUGUGGGUCUAGUGGACCUCACAAAAUUGAAGCCCCUAAUCUCAAGAGUAAUCUCAAGAAAACAGCAACUGUAGAGGAAAAUCGUCAACUCAGGGCAGAAAGGAGGAAAGUCAGUUGGCCUGAUAUUGCUCAUGGCAAAGAUAUUGCCCAUGUUCAGGAGUUUGAGCCAAGCGUGUGGGAAGAUGGGGACCUUGAGGGAGUAAGGAACUCUUGUGUUUGUGCAAUUCAAUGA